CCAUUGAUUGGUUAUCUGGCCGCCGCUCGGCGCGGCGCCGGCUCCGCCCCCGUCGGGUGUUUGUGGUGGGGCUGCGGAGUCGCCGAUCCCGCCGGAAGCUCCAGGACAAUGGGGACCCGGGACGACGAGUACGACUACCUAUUCAAAGUGGUGCUCAUCGGGGACUCGGGCGUGGGGAAGAGCAACCUGCUGUCUCGCUUCACCCGCAAUGAGUUCAACCUGGAGAGCAAGAGCACCAUCGGUGUGGAGUUCGCCACGCGCAGCAUCCAGGUGGACAGCAAGACCAUCAAGGCGCAGAUCUGGGACACAGCCGGCCAGGAGCGCUACCGUGCCAUCACCUCCGCGUACUACCGCGGGGCGGUGGGCGCGCUGCUGGUGUACGACAUCGCCAAGCAUCUGACCUACGAGAACGUGGAGCGCUGGUUGAAGGAGCUGCGGGACCACGCGGACAGCAACAUCGUCAUCAUGCUGGUGGGCAACAAGAGCGACCUGCGCCACCUGCGGGCUGUGCCUACCGACGAAGCCCGCGCCUUUGCCGAAAAGAACAAUUUGUCCUUCAUCGAGACCUCGGCCUUGGACUCCACCAACGUGGAGGAGGCGUUUAAAAACAUCUUAACAGAGAUCUACCGCAUCGUGUCCCAGAAGCAGAUCGCGGACCGUGCGGCGCACGACGAAUCGCCAGGCAACAACGUGGUGGACAUCAGCGUCCCGCCCACCACGGACGGCCAGAAGCCCAGCAGGCUGCAGUGUUGUCAGAACCUGUGACCGCCCUCGGCCCCCCGGCCCCGCCCCUCCUCUGUGGCACCCACCCCCACCCGGCCCCCUUCUCCCUCCCAGCAAGCUCCAGACGGCCCGGCCUGGGUGGUGGUGGUGGAGGGGGAUCACCCGGGAAGAACGGAAAGCUGGGAGCCCCCACCCCCACCCACCCCCGGCUGCCCGUCACCCCUGUGCUUCCUGGGAGGGCGGAGGGGGUGCAGCCUGGACGGGGCGGCCCGAGGCCGGAAGAAGGACCCCCACCUGCAGAUUCCACGCCGCCUCUGCCCUGUCCUGCCCAGCUGGCCUCUGCACCCCGAACCCCGCUGCAGGCGGAGGGCGCGGCACCCUCUCCUCCGGGGAGCACCCAGGCCAGCGGGGGUGCUCGUUCGGGGUUUCCCCCACCCCGCCGCCCCCAGCAGCCCCGCACUGCACCUGCCUGCGGGAGAAGCCGCCCCCUCUCCCCGCACGCGCGCGCACUCUCUCCCGCACCCCUCCCCCCCAUGCCCUCUCUGUCUCGUCUCCCCCUGACCCUGCACCCCACCCCUGUCUGGUCAGGAGUCUGGGCGAGUGAAGCAAUAUCUCCUUGUUUUGUACAUACGCUCUUGUAGACUUCGGUUUUGUUUUCCUGUUUGGUUUUCGGUUGAUUGUAGAGAAACAUACUUUAUACACUUUGUAAGAUGACGCCAAACCCCAGCUCUCGGGUCUCUUAUUCUCCCCGCCCCCGCCCCCUCCCAGCCCUCUUUCCCCCUGCCCUGCUGUCACCCUCCAGCCUCAUCUCUCCCCUAGCACCCCUCGAACUCCCCCCCCUCCUCUCGCCAGUGCCCUUACUGAAAUGUAUAAUCCGACUUCCUGUC